UUAAAUGCUGCGCCACCGCCUCCAACGGCCAAUCCCGCACCCGGCACGUGCUGCGGCUACCACCUCGCCUCCCCCAACUCGGCCGCCACUGAGCAAGAGGUACAGCCGCGCCCCAACUGCGCCUGCGCUCCGGAUGGUGUCACCAUGUUUCCCUUCCCCCGCUGCACGUGCGCCUCGGUGUCCCCGCUGCCGUCUUCCCUCCCGGCUCGCAUGCCACCCCCAGUCUUCUCCCCGGUUCCUCCGCGGGGAAGCGGAAGUGCUUUCGCCGGAAGUGCCGGGACGGGAGGGUAGUGGCCCGAUCGGGAUCAAGGUGGCAUGGGGCGGCCGCGGUGAUGGAGGAGAGAAGCCGCCGGAGCCGGUAAUCAACUGGUAUUCUAGCAUGGACACUGUUGCUAGUCAUAGUUGUCAUCUUCUCCAGCAGCUACAUGAACAGCGCAUUCAAGGCCUUCUCUGUGACUGCAUGUUGGUAGUAAAAGGCGUCUGCUUCAAAGCACAUAAAAAUGUAUUAGCUGCUUUCAGUCAGUAUUUCAGGACCAUAUUUCAGAAUUCUCCAGGCCAGAAGAAUGAUGUCUUUCACUUGGACAUUAAAAACGUAGGUGGCAUAGGCCAGAUCUUGGACUUCAUGUACACUUCGCACCUUGAUCUUAGCCAGGACAAUGUACAAGCUAUGUUGGAUAUUGCACAAUGUCUGCAAGUGCAAAAUGUGCUGAACAUUUGCCACACUUUUUUAAAAUCCUCCACAGCUGUAGAGCCUCCUGCCAGCAUGCCUUGCAAUAGUGUGUUCUCCUUGCAAAGUACUUUGGCUACAGAGACUAACUGUGUGAAUGAAAGUUAUGGUACUAACUUACUGCAUGAAUGCUCAUCAGAUGCACAAGCGAGUAAAAUGUUGGAUGACCACCAUUCCCAUGGAUCACAAUCUAUUAAUCUUCAUACUUCCUCAGGUGAUGUACAGAAACAGACACAGGACUCCCUAGAUGGUAAUUGCACAGAGCUUCCAUUUAAACAGCCAAAUUACUAUUAUAAACUGCGCAACUUUUAUAGCAAGCAGUUCUACAAGCAGAAUGCAUGUUCCAACCAUGAGAGAAUAACAGAACAAUCCUUUGCUUUCAAUACAUCUACUGAACUAAGUACAGUAGAGAGCAAUUCUUGUACUGUCAAUCAAUCUGAAUGUAUUUUAGAAUCCUCUGACCACUUACCCUCCAACUUUCUGGUUCAAUCCUUGAAUGAAUCUGCUCCAGACCAAGAUUUGGAAAGCACGUCUUUGCAGCCUACCAAACAGAUGCGGUUAAAAAAGGCAAUACACCUUAAAAAACUGAAUUUUCUAAGGUCACAGAAGUCUGCAGAACAAUUGUCUGAACCUAAGAGAGAUGACAACAGUAUAACAAGGGUAAUUGAAUGUGUAAAUGAAAGUACCAUGGAUAUGACAAAUAUUAAUGCUGUUGAAGAAAAAGAAACUGAAGAUCUUGUGAGUUCAGAGAGUUUUGAACAAACUGUUGAAAUGGAAAGACCUCAAGGUCCUUCAGAACAAGAUGAGCAAUCACAGAUUCUUCAGUCACAGAGGCAAUAUACUUGUGAAUUAUGUGGAAAGGCUUUUAAACAUCCAAGCAAUUUGGAGCUCCAUAAAAGGUCUCAUACAGGUGAGAAACCUUUUGAAUGUAACAUUUGUGGGAAACACUUCUCACAGGCAGGUAACCUUCAGACUCAUUUACGUCGGCACUCUGGUGAAAAACCAUAUAUUUGUGAAAUCUGUGGGAAAAGGUUUGCUGCUUCUGGUGAUGUACAGCGUCACAUUAUUAUUCAUUCUGGAGAAAAACCUCAUCUGUGUGAUAUCUGUGGCAGAGGGUUUAGUAACUUUAGUAACUUAAAGGAACACAAAAAGACCCAUACAGCAGAUAAAGUAUUCACCUGCGAUGAGUGUGGAAAGUCAUUUAACAUGCAACGGAAGUUAGUAAAGCACAGAAUUAGGCACACAGGAGAAAGACCAUACAGCUGUUCAGCAUGUGGAAGGAUGGUGAAACUAGGGAAUAAUUUCAGUGAGAAGAGCACAAAGCAGCCCCUUUUGGAGGAUGGAUUUGACACUAUCCCCUUGAUCACACCCCUGGAUGUCAAUCAGCUACAGUUCCCGCCUCCUGAUAAGGUUGUGGUCAAAACGAAAACAGAAUAUGAACCUGAUCGCAAGAAAGGAAAAUUUCGUACCCCCAAAAUAGCUGAAUUCACAAUCAGCAUAACUGAAGGAGUUUCGGAAAGAUUUAAGGUAACUGUUCUGGUCCUUUUUGCCCUUGCAUUCCUAACAUGUGUUGUAUUUCUAGUAGUCUACAAGGUUUACAAGUAUGAUCAUACCUGUCCGGAAGGAUUCGUUUUCAAGAAUAAUCAAUGCAUUCCAGCUGGAUUAGAGAACUACUACUCUGAACAAGACUCCAGUGCUCGAGGGAAAUUUUACACUGUCAUAAACCACUACAAUCUGGCCAAACAAACCAUCACACGCUCAGUGUCUCCGUGGAUGACAGUACUGUCAGAAGAGAAAUUGUCUGAACAGGAGACUGAAGCUGCUGAGAAAUCAGCUUAGUGUGAUAAGCUAAUUAUUAUGUCAUUUGAAGGUAACUAAGGGACUUUAAGGAACUUUUCAUUAAAUAUAAUUAUGGAUAAUUUAGAGGUUACUCAUGUUUAUGGUGCAAUUGCUUCUGUUUGCUGAUACUGCUUUGCAAAAAAUAAAAUUUGCUACAAAACAUUCAUGGGCAUAAAAUAAGGUGCAUAUCAGCGUCGCUUUAGAGCUCUGACACCAUUUUCAAUGUUAAAAAAUUAACUUUAGAUAUUUUCUUGCAAUUUACUGGAUGCUGACAAUUUUUCACUGGAUUUUUCAGUGGUUUGGACUUCACAUAAUGUGCUUUAUUGUCUGAACUGAUUUUGUUUUUAUUAUGUAGCCAUUUUUGCAAACUGAACCACCGUAGCCAUAACUAGAGUGAUCUCUUGUUUAGCAAAGAGCUGUAUUUAAAACUUUUGUUUUCAGCUCAAGUAAGGCUGAUAUCAAGGACAUGCUGUAAUGAUUAGAAUGGAGAAACUGUCAGGUAGCAUAUUUUUCUUCACUGUUGAUUUGUAAGUGAUAAUGAAGUUCUCUGCAACAAGGCAUGCUCAAUGUUUUAUUAUUACUGUCAACAAAAUUUCACCACAUUGCCACUAUGGCUUUAGUAUGUUAGGGUGUGCACUGAAACACAAACUAGAUAGGACACAGUGGGGAGAGAGACACAUUUUUAGCUGUGGAUUUGUUCAGGUGGUGUAAAAGCAACUUAAGAACUGGAGGGUGUUUUGAUGAGAAAGGACAUCCUUUGAUCACACUGAAGAAAGAGGCAGAAAGCCUUUCACUCUAGAUAUAGUCUGUAAUUUGUCUGAUAUGACAGAGGGAGCAACAUUUAAAAAAAAAAUCCCUUUUAUACAACAUUAACACUUUUUUCCCCUUUUUAUAUAUUCUGAAUAGCUUUGAGUUAACUAUGCUGUUUGCAAUUUGCUAAUUUUUAAACUACACGACAUCACAAGUGAAACUAGUGUAUUAGUUUACGCUACUUGCUGUUUUAAAGUGACAUGUCAAAAUUGAGUGAAGAAGCAUAACUGUUUAUGUAUGAUUUUGGAGGAAAAAAGAUGUAGACAAGCCUAGUAUUGUGGGUGCACGUUCAAGUUUGAUGUUUCAUUGUAUUGACAAAUUUCUUAUUUUGUAUGAAACCAUGGUUUUUUCAUUUAAUCCUAAAUAUGCAUUACAAAAAUAAUUUUAUUAAUCUGCUGGUUAGACAAAAUAAGUGUGUGAAGCUUUUAGGUAUGAGAUUCACUUUUCCUUUCAUAUUACUUGAAUGUGAUAUUUCUAGUGGACAUGUCAAAAGUUUCAUUGUUAUAGGCACUAUACAAAAAUGAAGGGAAAUCAUUGGUUAUUUGUCUAGUUCUGUAGUAGAACAAAUUUGGUCAGCUCCACUUUUGGGUUUUCUUUUAAUCCAUUAUUAAUGUAUUUAGUAUCAAGAAUUUUACAUACCAAUAAAGUACAAAAUGGCCACUGCUUCUCAAUUCUAUAGGUUUGAUACCAAACAUAACAAUGAGUGUGCAUUAUAUAGUUAUGAACUAUAAAAAGCUUUGUUAUUAUGCUGUGUGGAAUGCAUAAAAAGCAAUAAAUUAUGUGCCAAAAUUUUCUUUGCAUUUUUAAAAAAGUUCAAACUCCUGUAAACACAUUACAACAUACCAUGUUUUGUCUGCUAGUAGACAUGUACUUUAUUGAAUGUAAAUUAAUUCACAUGUAACUUUUGACAUUUUCACUUCAUACAAAAUAAAGAAUAAGGAUGA